AUUCCCAUUUGAUGAUGUGUGUGUGUCUAUAAAUGCAACUCUCACAAUUCAUACAGCAUAAAUUGUAUAUUUAUUCUUACAUACUCUUUUAUUCAUACACAUUAUUGUAAGAGAGAUAAUCGACAUGGCGACCUCCACAUUCUCGUCUCGUGGUGCUCAAACGAUGAACACCAUGUUCGUCAAGCCGAUGCUUAGGAAAUCGAUCCACAAGAAGAGCGCGUCGCACGACAUAGUGAGAGAGACGGCGAAGACGGACGCUGGUGGUGCCGGAGAGGAGAUGAAGACGAUGAGAGGUUUCUCCGUCGCCGGGGCCGGAGAGACGUCGUCGUCAGCGAGUAGUUGGGUCCCACAUGAAGGCACGGGAAUAUACUAUCCAAAGGGGCAAGAGAAAGUGAUGCAAGAUGUGCCACCUCCUCCAGCUGGCAGCCACGUGGACGAGCUCGUUAAUUGGUUCUCUUGAUCAGUACUGAUCUCUUGUCUCAUCUCGAUCUCAUCGCAAGAAACUCUGUUGUUCUCUCUGUGUUCGUAUAAUUAUUUGUUGUAUGCGGGAGAAUUUCAAUUUUCAGUGCCGUAUGCUGGAUAUGUAUGGUCAAAAAACAGAUGACAAUGAAUAAUAACCGUUGUAGUAUAUAAAUGAAACGAGUUAAUCACCAAUGCAUGUAGCAGUAACCGUUGCUUUAUGCAUGCUUUCACUAA